AUGAAGAAACCUUUUGCUGGAUGCAAGCCAACCCAAAGGUAUCCCUGCCAGCUCGGAGAAUUAGGUACCCCGAGCGCAGGGUAUACCGGCCGGGCGCACGAAUUUGAAAUCAGUUGCUCCUUGUCAUGGGCAACCUUUCCUGCCCUGUCUCGGGCGGCUGAAGCCAACGAGUCCGACACGCAGCAUGCUGUCUGUCAGCGUGCGGCUCUGAUACCAAACACCUUGGUUGUCGGCUUCAAGGGGGAAUCGCUAUGGGAGGGCGAUCGACGUUGUGACGGUCUGGGAAGGCGCGUUGUCGUCGUUCAGAUCUCCGACAAUGUAGGCAACAGCAUGGACAUAAUCUACCAAGUGGGCCGUCGCAAUGCUCCAUUUGUAAUCUGGUCUGCGACAGCGCGAAUGAAAUGUCCUGUCUCAGUGACCCAUGCACUCUCAGAGCUCAAGGUCUAUGUUACGGGUACACGGCCUCGAUGUCGAUGA